UUUGUUAAUCAACUGUAUUAUCUGUUUUAUCUACAAACACGAUGACGUAGAAAUUAUUUUUCCACAUAAGCUAAAAUUUUUGCCGACAAAUCAUAAAAUUAUUAAAAUUAUUUGUAAAUAAAAAAGACGGCUAGAGCUAGAGCAACUACAAAUGUAUUAAUUGAGGGAAUCGAGCGAAAUAGCAAUUUUUAUUUUAUUUUAACAGCGUAACUGAGAAGUCGCUGUCGUUUUUGGUGUUGUUUGUGGUUGGGUGCUUGGCACUGUUGUGAGUAAUGGGAAUCAACGUAAGCAGACACGCCGAUUUAUCGGCUAAUGAGUACCUGCAACGUUUCGUUGGAAGAUCACAUAUACCCUAUGAAAAUGUGGAUUAUUGGAAUGGCAUAUUAAAUUAUCAUAUCACAAUGCCAGAAAACAGCCAGGAUCAAUUAAAUUUAGAUUCACGUUUGGAGGGUUUGUGUCAAUCGUUUUUAAGUAAUAAUCUAAAGACAGGAAAUCUGGGUUCGCUUAUAACAGUUUUUCUAGAAAAAGUAUCUGAACUACUGUCAUUGUCGGAUCAGGAGAGUAACCGACAUAUUUGGCAGACAUUUAAUGCUUUGUUUAUUAUACGUUGCUUAGUGAAAUAUAUUAUAGAAACUGGUUCAGAAUUUCAGUUAUUACAACAUUUCGAAGCAAUACCGAAUGCUGAACUACUACGCGCUGAGGAGGAAGCAGCAGCUGCUGGUGCACCACCUGAAAGCACAGCAAUUGCUGUUGAAGCUGUGGAAGAUACAACAAAAACCAAUAUAGUAGUUGAUGGCUCCAAGUUCGAAACUUUUAUAGACGCUAUAGUGAAUUUAAUUGUAGUAAUUCCCGUAAAGGAAUUUACAUAUCACUUACAUUUGGAAGCAGUUAACACCAUUAUAACACUGUUAUCUGUGCAUUUGUUCACUCAACAGCCGACUGAGAAAUCCAUAAUAUUUAGAACUAUUUAUAAAUGUCAACAUGCCAAUGUGCUCACAUCUGCUUUGCUACAUUUUGUUUCGCGUAUGGUAGAAGUGCCAAGUACUAUGUUUGGCUCCUCAACGGCUGGCUCAUUUGUGUUUGGCAUCGCUGAAUCUUUACUCUCGAUAUUUUCAUUUCGUAAACAACCCGAUUUAUUAAAAUCAACCGGCAAUAGCAGCAUAGAGCUAUCGCCACAAUUUCGUGAUUACUAUCCAUUAGCAAAUCAAAGUCUUCUACUUAUAUUAAUAUUAACUAAUCACUGUUCUGCUAAGAAUAAUCCGUAUCGCACUAGCUUAUUUAAUUGCGCUGACUCAAAAGAUUCGCCAAAGGACAGCGCCAGUUUUCAAAUUGAUUUCUCUGCCGUAUAUGAGACACUUUGCCGUAUUGUGACCAUAGAUCAAGCCACAUUGCUGCUUUAUCUUUUAUUACAUCGUAAUGAACGUUUCUAUCGAUAUGUUAUGGCGCAAAAUGAUUUAGAAAAUCUAGUGAUACCAAUACUACAAACACUCUACCAUGCACCUGAUAGCACUUCUCAUCAUAUAUAUAUGUCAUUGAUUGUGCUAUUGAUAUUGAGUGAGGACGAUAGUUUUAAUAAAAACGUACAUACAAUAAUUUUAAAAAACAUAAGCUGGUACACAGAGCGCACCAUAUCCGAAAUAUCUUUAGGAGGCCUUCUCAUUUUAGUCGUUAUACGUACUAUACAAUAUAAUAUGCUAAAAAUGCGUGAUAAAUAUUUGCAUACAAAUUGUUUAGCUGCAUUGGCUAAUAUGUCUGGACAAUUUAGAUCAUUACAUCCAUAUGUGGCGCAACGUUUAAUUUCACUUUUUGAGACUUUAGCACGUAAACAUACACGCCUUGAUACGCAACUAAAAGAACCUGUCAAUAAUUCGGUUUUUGUUAAUGUAUCCACAACACCGGAAGACAUGCUGCAAGACUUGACUGUGCUGGAAGAGGUUUUGCGUAUGGUAUUGGAAAUUUUAAACUCUUGCCUUUCGAAUCAAUUAGUGUAUUGUCCGAAUUUGGUGUAUACUUUACUCUACAAACGUAGCGUAUUUGAAGGUUUUCGCAGUCAUCAUGCUUUCCAGGAUAUUAUACAAAAUAUUGAUAUGGUCGUUGGUUUCUUUUCAUCACGUUUGCAGCGCGUGCAGGAACAACGCGGAGAAUUGGGUGUUAAUGAGGUCUUCGAAGUUAUAUCAAAAGGAGCUAGCCAAUGGUCUAGUGAUCGAUUAAGGAAAUUUCCUGAUUUAAAAUUUAAAUAUGUUGAAGAGGAUGCACCUGAAGAGUUUUUCAUUCCAUAUGUCUGGACCUUGGUCUGUAAAUACGGUUGCGUGCAUUUCAAUUCUGAGAGUAUAAAAGGUGUGACCACUGAAAUUGCUUGCUAAUAUACAUCAACUAAAAGCCCUUCAAGGAGAAUGUAGAAAAUAUAUAUAAUACAUAUAUAUUUAAAUUCCAUUUAGAAAAAUCAGAAAAGUUUUUUUUAUUUUUCGUAUAAAUAUAAGCGUUUAUAUAUUUAAGUGGAAAAUAAGAAGAAUUAUGCUGGGCUUGUCGUUGUGACAGUAUAACGUUGCGUUAGUACUGUUAUUAGAUUAUAGUUCUAAUAGAUAUUAAUUUAUAUAAAUUGUAUAUAUUUUUAAGAUUUAAUAUAUUGUUAAAAAUUUUUUGCUUUUAGUAUAUUUAUUAUAAUUAGAAUCUUUACCACUUCAUUUAUAUAUCCUCUUCUCUACUAUAAUUGUAAAACA